CGAGGUUUCACUUUCACCCCAUGCUAACAGAUAGCACAGCACUGGGAAAGCAGCCGCAUUAGCUGCUGGCUACUUCUUGCAGAUGAUCAUGGAUUAUGUAGAGCCCAUUCUGUCUAUUGCUUCACAGAUCUACACCCUGGUUGAGAAAGUUAAGGCCAAUAAAAAGCGCUGCUGUCGUGUUGUGGAGCGAGUAAAAGCCUUGGAGGACUUGGUGAAGUCAAUCAAACAGAGGAAUGCAGUCGAUCACUCUGCUGAGGUGGAGACUUCCCUGAAGGGACUCUCCAUCACUCUCAAAUCAGCUCAGGAGCUCAUUGAGAAAUACACUUUGUCAAACUUGGUGAAGCGCAUCCUGAAGUCCAGCAGUCAUGGAGAUGAAUUCAACAGUGUGAAUGAACGGCUCAAUGAUGCCUUCCAAAGCCUAGUGUUAGCUCUGCAUCUAGAGCAUGGAAAUCAGCURUUCAGGGUUUUUGASCAGAUCUCCAGGCAGAAGGAAGAUGAAGCUGACAGCAGGGAAGAUGAUGCAGAAUUAAAAAGAAUGCUCAUGGAAUAUGGGGAAUAUGUGGAAACCAUGCAAAGGGAUCUUGAAGACAUUAAAUCCAAUGUAGUAAAAAUCGUGGAGAUGCUGAAUAAACCCAGAAUCAUAAGUAUGGACAUCCGAAUGAUUAAACCAGAUGAACUGAAGAAUAUUGAAGAAAAGCCCUUCAUGACAACACCGACCUCUGAGGUCUACAAAGGAGAAUUUGGUGGUUUCACAGUGGCCAUCAAGAAAUACACAGGAGCCAAACUAGGGAUGGUAAAGUCUGUCUUUAACAAGGAAGUUGAGACCAUGAAACGUUUUGAGUCACCCAACAUCCUGCGAAUGUUCGGCAUCUGCAUCCGAGAAGAGAACACUUCAAAACCUGAGUUCCUCGUCAUCAUGGAGUAUUGUGAAAAAGGAAGUCUUCGAGAUGUUCUGAACUCCAAACAUGAACUGUUAUGGACCAGGAAAGCAUCCAUGUGUUUGGAUGCAGCACAGGGACUUUACCGACUCCAUCUAACUGAGGAAAUAAGUAAGCUUCACAUGAGCAUCACUAGCAGUAAGUUUCUCGUGGACGAGAACUACAGAGUGAAGCUGGGAGGGUUAGAACUWGCCAAAACAGAGACAUCACUGAAAAGAACUACUAAGAGUAAAGAGGAUAAAACCAUCAGCUUGCUGUGCUACUCCUCUCCCCAGCAGCUCAGCAACAUCAACCAUGCAUACACCAAAGAGUGCGAGAUCUACAGCCUGGGAAUCGUUUUGUGGGAAAUUGCCACUCGUAAAAAGCCUUUUGAAGACUGCAGUGACGACGACAAAAUCAUUUCUAAAAAAGUGUGUGAGGAGAAAUAUCAGGAGCUGCUCCCUGCUGAUUGUCCUGAAUCCCUAGGGGAGAUGAUCAAUGCCUGCAGGGCUUAUGAAAGCUCUCGCAGGCCAUCUGCUGGAGUGUUGGUGGAUAAACUGCGAAGUGUGCUGGUACAGUUCGAGAAACAAUGAAAGCCUUCAACACUGAUAAUUUUGUUCAUGUGAUGUGUCAUAAUAAUAUUCUUCUAUUUCUAUUUUGACUGUAAUCUUGUUCUUUUUUUUUUUACUUUCCCUGUAGUUUUUAGUAGUUUUGUUAAUUUUGUCUUGUAAUUCUCAGUCCCAUUUCCUUUCUUCCACAGCCCCAACAUGAGAAUGUCAUAGUAACUACGUAACUGGUAACUUUAAAUAAUCUUUGGUUAUGAGGUUGACACAAUACCAACACUUUCAACUUGAUACUCAUGCAAAGAAAACAUUAUGAUACCACAGUAACCUUUCUAUAAGGUAGAGAGUUACAUUAUGAUAUUUCUGUAUUGGCAGAUCAAGACUGAAAUUUGUUGCUCUUUACAGACGUUCUUUCAAAUAAGGAGCAGAAAACAUGAUUAAAAUAGAACUAUUUCCACCGUGUUAUUUAGGCCACAACUGAGAAGCAGAAGUUCAGCACUCAUUAGAAAAAAAGUAUUUAAAUUGUAAGUGUUGCUUCCCUUUGUUUGCAAAACAAUAUGUUUAUGUCCUUUGUGGAAGUAUGUACCUUGGAUUCAGUUGUAAUUCAUUUUCUUUAUCUGUAGUGUAUUCGCGUGCUCUUCCAUUUUUGUGUUGCUGUACUAAAUUGUCUUACUAAUGAACAAAUAAAAGAUUCUUCUAUUCUUUUA